AGAGUGUGAGGAACUAGUGGUUGAAAGAGCGUAUUCUCCUGAUAGCAGAGUAACUACAGACCUGCAUGUGACUACUCCUCCUUAGGAUUCUGUUAGCCGAUUAAAGUAGAUUAAAAAAAAUAAACUAAACGCAACACUGCGAUAGCUUCUAACAACGUUUUCAUUUACUUUGAUUUGAACCACUCAACACGUUUUAAAUGCAACGCUGCUUGAUUUAUGAGAAAAGUAUGGCAGCCGAGACGAGGAACGGCGGGAGUUCUCUGAACAACAAUAACUGCAAAGACCACAGCCGGAGAAAGUUACUGGUCGGAGUGGAUCUCUUCUGCUUGUUUUUAGUGCUGCUUGUUGCAGUGUUUUUGCACAAAUCUCCCUUCCCGCCUUACCAGAGAGGAUUCUUCUGCAAUGACAACAGCAUCAAAAUGACCUAUAAGAGCAGCACGGUGUCCAGCGCGGUGCUCACAGCCGUGGGCGGCACUGUGCCCACGGUCUCAAUUAUCAUUGGGGAAAGCUACAGGAUCUACUAUCUGAACGAGGGAUCCAAGUCUUUUGUAGGGAACCCCUACAUUUCUGCUCUCUACAAGCAGGUGGGCGUGUUCAUCUUCGGCUGUGCCAUCAGCCAGUCCUUCACUGACAUCGCCAAAGUGUCAGUGGGCCGCAUGCGCCCUCAUUUCCUCGAUGUGUGCAAGCCUGACUUCUCCACUAUCAACUGCUCCCUGGGAUACAUCACUGAUUACCAGUGUCAGGGGCCAGAGAGCAAAGUGCAGGAGGCCAGGAAGUCUUUCUUCUCUGGACAUGCAUCAUUCUCCAUGUACACCAUGCUGUACCUGGUGUUUUACCUGCAGUCUCGUUUCACCUGGCAUGGUGCCCGUCUCCUGCGACCUCUGACCCAGUUCACCCUCAUCAUGAUGUCUUUCUACACCGGCCUGUCCCGUGUGUCUGAUCACAAGCACCACCCCACAGAUGUCUUGGCUGGCUUUGUACAGGGAGCUCUGGUGGCCUACUGCAUAGUAUUUUUUGUCUCUGAUUUGUUCAAACCCAAAGGUAGACGUUCUACACUAUUGCCCACCCCAGUGAAGAAAGACCUUGUUCCUCCAGCAGACAUCAGAGAGCGGAGCAACCAUCUCAUCUUAGCAUAGAGAAGACUGCAAACUGACUGUACAUAACCCUGGCCUGUGCCAUUUAAAUCACUACUACAGCCACUGGUCAAUACUGGAUAAAACAAACUCCAACAAUCCUGAUAAUGCAGACAAAUAUGGACUCUUGAUCACCUCAGAGGAUGAGAAGAGACCACGGAAAACUGUUGAGCAAGCCUGUCUCUCUCCAUGGAAUUUCUUAAUCUUGUUCCUCAUGUCUCAUUGGACAUUCAAAUGUGGAAAAAGUAGAGAGAGGACCAGGGGUAUUUGUUCCUCUGCUGUUCUGAAGAUUAAUGGAGAUUCUCCUCUGUCAAGACCUUUCCAUGGACACUACAGUCUGCAAUCAAACAAAACUGAGAAUCGGCAGCUGUAAACAAACUUUUGUGCCUUCUCCCCUCAGCUGCAUUUAGCACGGGAGCUAACUCGUGACAAAAAAACGAAUUCCUUGAUUUCAUGAAGGAUGGUGUUUUUGUUUGGCUUUAUUACAAACAUAGGCAUCGUGUGUGUGAUUUAUAGCACUAUUUUAGCUCAACUCAGUACUGUUUGUCACCACUUGAAUGACCUGAAGUGAAGCUUUGAAAAGCUUUGUUAUACUUUGAAAGCUUUUAUUAUGUCCAUGAUGUAGUGUUCCAUAGAAGGCGCACAUAAUUUACAGUAGAUGGAAAGUACAGUGAGAGUGUAUGUGUUGGAUGUGGGCCUCUUUCUGCUGGCUAGGACGAGCCCCCACUGAGCCAUUUAAUGAAAUGACUGUCUGUUAUAUGUACCAGGCGGGUGCUCACGGGUGUUAGGUCAGAGUGUGUGUGUGUGUGUGUGUGUUCUUUAUGUAUACUCCUGUGUAUGUCUGUGUGUUUGGGUGAGGCUUUUCUGUGAGCGUGCCAGUGUCUAUUAAUGUCAUGUCUAUAUAUUUCAGUGUUCAUAGCCUACAAAGUGUGCCUCUCUUCAGCCAGAGAAGAGAACAGGCACCUGCUCCAACAGACACAAUGUAACUAGAGACAGCAACACUGUGGAAACAAAGCAACACACACAAUACAUUAACUUCACUGUUAUUAAUCAUAGUAAUGAAUUUACUUUGUUGAAAAAUCCUGUGACAAACUGUAUGCUGCAAAAGCAUAAAUGUACAUUUUUAAAUAAUAUAAAAAAAGGAACUCCUAGAGCAGUGGUUAUCUAUGGUAGCAUUUCUGCACCAAAGCACACUUUAGCAAAACAGUAAGAAGAUACAAAAUGUAUUAUUUUGGCACAUCUGUAUUACUAAAUAAGAAAUCCCAUAAAGAAAUACAAAAGCGCUGAAAAGGCUCUGCUUUGUUAUAGUCAAAAUGAAUGACAUUGCUUUUUUAAAAAUAAUUAUGAUGCUAACAUGUUUGCAUGAUAUUAGUGUGAUUAGCAUUUUAGCAAAAAAAAAAAAAAAAACUUAAAACCACUGACAUAUGCAUCAUCACAACUUUGUUAAAAGUUACCAAGACAGACUUUGAUUUAACUCUUGCAAAGAAAACGUCCCCUUCUUAUUACACGCCUUGAAAAUCUCCUAAACACAGCAUUGGAAAAGUCUUCAUGCUGCCAUAUGUUGUACAACCCUGUAUUAUUGUAUAUAAACAGUGUAUCUUAUGAAGAAACUCCCACUAUGACUUGUGUCGAGACCUGUGUAAAUGUCAAACAUGCUGCUUUAAAGAGGCUCAACUCUGCAGAUGUCCUCCAGUUUAGUUGACAACUUGUGAAUAUGAAUUUUGUUUUGAAAAACAAAGCUCUCAAAGCAGAAAGCUUCAGUACAUUUUUAUAUUAAAAAAAUGCUUUUCAAUAUUUUUGUAAUGUCAUGUGAAAUUUUGUACAAUGAACCUGUAAGAUGUAUUGAAGAUAUGAUGUCUUUAUUAAAAGCACAAAAGAUCAA